UUUGCCCGUUAUUGGCCGCUUGUUGAGCUGCAUGAGGCGGACAAAUGUUACCAUGCAAAUCACCGAGUUACGCUAUUGCAGUUUGGGUGGUGACUCGAGUUUUCUCAUCGCGGCAACAGCUGGCUGCCAACUCAGAAAAUCCAAAAUGUCCUGCACUGUAGCUGAAACCACAAGACCUCUGGCCUGUGUGUCUGGGAGCCCUCUUGCCAACAAUCACUGCCAUUUUCUUCUAAUAGGACUAAAUAAGACUCAGCCUCAAGCCCUAAACAAUCAAGGAUGGACAGGUGAAAACUGAGAGGCCGAGAGGUGGCCUUUAUUCUAAAACAUAUUUAUUCUGGUUUCAUAAAGGGACAUGAAAAUAUUCCCAACCUUAACAGUUUCUUCUCAGAAGUCCACUUUUGCCAUAUAAAAAUAUGCCUUUAAACAUUAGAGCCAAGCCUGCGCAGAGCAAGCUGUCUGCUGGCCCGAAGAGUACUGGGCACAGUGAUGGCAGCGCAUCCCAUUCACGCUUUUCCAGAUCCCCCAAACAGGGUAAAGGCAAACAGGCUGUAAGCUCAGCACCAGGAUCCCGCUCUGGGCUAGAACCAGGCUCUGUGUCAGGGGGUGUGCCUGCACCAGCACCUAAAGUGGCUGGAGGUCAAGGGUCGGCGGCGAGGCCUGGUUCAAAGACCAAACCUGGCACAGCAGCAGACAAAGGAGCAACACGGGGUUCAGGGACAGCUCCGGGGGGUAAAACCCUGUCUAUGGAGAACAUCCAGUCAUUGAGUGCUGCCUAUGCCACUUCAGGGACCAUGUACCCCUGUGAGCAAGAUUCCUUAGAACCCUCUGGUGGGUACCCCAAAGGCACCAUGACGCUGGGCAGGAGCACGAGCCGCUCCUCCUACAUCAACCGAACAACAGCAAUGGGGAGCACCCCAAACAUCACCUCGUCCGGGCUUCAUCACCAGUCAGACCCCUAUGGCGACCAAACCUUGCAUCCUGCAGGGACUUCCAGUCUGCGGCGCCAGGUUGCGAGACAUCCACAGACGCUGGAUUCUGCUGGACGGGGAGAGGUUCCCUCGUUUGAUGUCCAGUCUCAGCUGAGGGAGCUGCAGAGGGAGAAUGACACCCUGAGGAGAGAACUGGAUUUGGGAAGGGAUGGGAGGACGGGCCCCAGCAUGAACAAUGUCAACUUCUGGAGCCCAGAUGUGAAAAGAGACAAAGGGGUUAGACGGGAGGAGGGAGGGAGGACCUUAGCUCUGAAGGACCAGUACAGGACUAACCAAGAUGAUUUGCAGCAGCUUCCGUUGACAGUUCAGGAGCUUCAGGAGGAGCUGAGGGCUCACAGGGAGAUGAACAGCCGCUUGCAGCAGCAGCGACAGCAGGGGAACUCUGGCUCCUAUCGAGAACUCCAUGCAGACCAGGACCACAGAGGGGGCCUCAGCCCCGGCCACAGCCCCAGGCAAAGCUCCAGCAACCUGCACAGUCCUGCACCGAAGAACAGCCCGAGAGCCAGCCCAUGCAACACCUACAAUCCCAGACAACAGGAAGCUGAUGUCAUCAUUCACAGCCCUGGUUAUGGCUGUAACACUGCACUAGCUGCGCAAAGAACCAGCCCCGCCAACACCCUACAGCCUGCGCCGAGGAACAGCCCAAAUCAGCUCUACGCUCCUAGCCAAGGUCCGGUUUCGGCACCCAGCUCUAGCUCCCUGCGGCCCUGCAGCCCUUGCCAGGUGCCCGGGUGUGACGGCUUCUCCUCACCUCCGCCUGUAGAUCAAUCAGAGGAGAAUAUCUUCCAGCUUCAGUCGGAGCACGAGCGGCAGGCCAAGGAGCUGUUCCUGCUGAGGAAGACCAUGGAAGAGAUGGAGAUAAGAAUCGAUUCGCAGAAACAGACCCUCGGCGCCCGGGACGAGAGCAUCCAGAGGCUGCUGGAGAUGCUUCAAGGUCAAGGUCAAGGUCAAAGUCAAAGUCAAAGUCAAGGUCAAGGUCAAGGUCAGGGACACUGGGGUCGAGGACAGAGGACGGGCAUCAUAACCAUGGCGGCACAGGAGGCGGAAGCGCAGCUGGAGAACAUGCAUGUGAGAGAGGAGCUGCAUCGCCGAAACCAGCUCCAGGCCGAUCCAGCUAAGACCAGAGCUCUACAGACUGUCAUUGAUAUGAAGGACACCAAGAUCUCUUCCCUGGAGAGGAACAUCAGAGACUUAGAGGAUGAGGUCCAGAUGUUAAAGACCAGCGGCCUGCUGAACCCUGACGACAGGCAUGAUGAGCUCAAGCAGGUGGAAGUCUACAAGAGCCAUUCUAAAUUCAUGAAGACUAAGAUAGAGCAGCUGAAGGGGGAGCUGAACAGGAAGGAGACAGAGAUGCAGGCCCUGCAGACCAAACUAGAAACACUGACCAAUCAGAACUCAGACUGCAAGCAACACAUCGAGGUGCUAAAGGAGUCACUCAGCGCUAAGGAGCAACGAGCCAAUACGCUGCAGACAGAGGUAGAUGCUCUUCGGGUGCGCCUGGAGGAAAAGGAACAGUUCCUGACCAAGAAGACAAAGCAGCUGCAGGACCUGACGGAUGAAAAGAGCACACUAACGGGAGAGAUCAGAGACAUGAAGGACAUGCUGGAUGUCAAGGAGAGGAAGGUUAAUGUCCUGCAGAAGAAGAUUGAGAACCUGUUGGAGCAGUUAAAGGAUAAGGACAAACAGCUGGCUGGAUUGAAGGAAAGGGUCCAGGGCCUUCAAACUGACUCCAGCAACACAGACACUGCCCUGGCCACAUUGGAAGAGGCCCUAUCAGAAAAGGAACGAGUGAUUGAGAAUCUACGUGAUCAGAGGGACCGGGAAGACAGGGUUCGGCUGGAGGAGCUGGAACUGAUGAGGAAGGAGAACCAGCUAUUACGAGACAAACUUUCAGCCCUGCAGCCCCAGAAACUGUCCCAGAGUCAGCCUGCUAACCCCGUCCUGACCCAGAACCUGAGGCCCGAUGGAGAGGUGCCUGCCAAAGUAGAUGGACCACCAGCAGGAAGCCCCACGAACCAAAACACAGAAGAAGCACUCCGGAAGUGUCCGGACAUCACAGACCGUCUGAGGCUUCUGGAGCAGGAAGUGGCUCGCAACAAAGAAGAAUCUGGGAAGUCACAAGCGGAGGUGGAGAGGCUGAUGGCAGCUCUGAGGGAUGCCGAGAUGGACAAAUUGUGCAACGAGAAGAAAAUCGCUGAGCUUGAAAGCGUCUGCAGACCUGGGCAAAUGAAAUCACCUAACAUCCAGAAGCAGACGGUGGCGGGUGAGAUGAGGAAAGAUGCCUUUACUGAUGGACAUCCGCACUCUUUAUCGCAGUUGGAGGAGCUGAUGGGGGCGUUGGAAAAGACCCGCCAGGAGUUGGACGCCACCAAGCUGCAUCUGUCCUCCACUCAGCAGUCCCUGCAUGAAAGAGACGGACACCUUAAUAGUCUUCGCCAGGAGAGACGAAAACAGCUGGAGGAGAUUCUGGAGAUGAAGCAGCAAGCUUUGCUGGCAGCCAUCAGUGAGAAGGAUGCUAACAUCGCCCUUUUGGAGUUAUCCUCCUCCAAACGGAAAAAAGCCCAGGAGGAAGUGAUGGCUCUGAAGAGGGAAAAAGACAGGCUCAUGCACCAGCUCAAACAGCAGACUCAGAGCAGAAUGAAGCUGAUAGCCGAUAACUACGAGGAAGACCACAUCCAUCCACAACAUCAUCCUCACCAUUCUCACCACUUACAUCUAGCUAACGUGCAUCACCGAAGCCUGCCAAGAGGGCCCCCCCAUGCCAACCACCGGCCCCCUAUGGACCAGGACGAUGAAGAAGGAAUAUGGGCAUGAUGAUCAUCACCAUGGAGGCUCUGCAUCCAUUUGUCCACACUGCUUGUAAAGCCAGGUACCAAGAGUUUCAAGAGCUCCAACUGCAAGUAUACAUAUAAAACAGAUAUACACACACUCCUGGACCAUUUCAGUGUAUUAUGGACAAGCAUAGCGUUCAGCCGGUCAGAAAUUCUCCCAUUUCGCCGAUGAAUGUCACCUUUGAUGACAAAUGACAGUGGCCCACUGAGGGAGGGUGAAUGUCCCUCGCAGGACCAUCAGUCAUCAGUGUGGAGCUUCAAGGUAUUGGCAAGCGGCCUUCAUUUCCCUAGCUGUUUUCAAUAGACUGGGAGCCGGAUUCAUUUUACAGUACUGCGGUGCUACAGAGUUCUGGCUUCACAUCAACCGGCAAUCACUCCACCACUGUCGACUACUGGUGUGGCUAAACAGAGCCAGUGGAACUAACCGUAAACCCAUGCCAAUCCUGGACUGGCUUAUGAUGGCAUGAAUGUGUUUACUUCUGCAGCUAAAUAUCAGACUUUUGUAAAUAUAACAACAUGGUCCUCAAAAUCCACAAUCCACAGAGACCUUCUCAAUGUACCGUGCCAAAGGAGACAAUCCUGUCUGCUGAAACAAAUUACUGAAAUGGGACAGCAUCUGAAUCAUUCAGAUUACCAUGUAAACCGCGGUAGUUACUCAUUUCUUGGACUAACUUCCACUUCCUGUUGAAAGACCAAGAAGAAGAAGUAAAUUUGGGCUUGGAAAUGCCCGUGAUAAACAGCUUGAGCAUCAGCUUCUCUAAAAAUCAGGACACUUACUAACAAAAAAGGAAACGCGGCUGACGUCAAAUCAGCCAUCUUACUGUAAGAACAGUCUGUUUAUACAUUUCUCCUUGUGUUCUUUUAGCCUGCUGUGCGUUUGUUUAAUGAACCAAUAUCAUGUUCUGUUAGCUUUUCUACAUCUGAAACAGUUUUGAGUGCCACUCUUUUUUUUGGAAGUUUUAACAGCUGUGUGUGACUUAAUAUGCUGAUGAGUGACAUAUUAUUCUAUUGUCUAUUUGUUGAUCCUGAGAAUCUGAGUGGCGAAUCUGUUUUUAAUGAAGUGACUUGCAUUUUAAAGCACUGUGUCAUUGGAGGCUGACGAUGACGUCCAGUGUUGUGUUUUGAUUCAACAGUAUAACAGUGUUUCCCUUACCCAACAUGUACAGUUUUUGUACAGUGUGUGUGCAUGUGUGUGUGUGGUUCCAUGCUGCUCUCAUGAUUGUGAUGACUGUGAAAGUUUGGGGGAUAACAGUAUUCGCCCUUGACUUGUUCCACAGUGUUUUGCAGUGGUCAGCUUGUUUCUGUUCUGUUUGAAUAAAAUUUGUUUUCACAAGAA